UUGCCGCGGCGGGUCCGGGGCUGCCGGUGUCCGGCGAUGGCUCAGCCCAGCGAGGCCUCGGCCCACACGGCGGCCGCCAUGGACAGCAACGUCCUGGCCAUCGUCAUCGCGGCGACUGCUCUUUGCUGUGACACCCGGAGGGCGAAGCGGGGAGGCCCCUUCGGCCACCGGCUCAUUCUCCUCUUCUCCCGACCCCUGGCAGCCGUGUCCACCUCCGUCUUCAUCGUGGCCAUCCUCAUCCUGCUGCUGCUCCUCUACCACCGGGACCCCAUGUGCUGCCAGUUCCUCUGCUCCUGCCGCUUCUUCCAGACGCCCAGCCAGUAUGACUGUCCCCCGCCUUACUUCAGCAGCAGCCAGCGGCUGGUGGGUCCCCACAGCGGAGCAUCCCGGCUGGAGAGCGCUGCCGAGAACCCCGGUGUGCAGGGAGACGAGCUGUUCUGCGUCGGACCCCCCAGCAGCUACCAGCUCCCUUCCUGGGAGCAGCCCCGCUUGCCGAGCUAUGAGAGCGUGCGGAAGAAAGAUCGCCAGCGGGAAAUCCAUCAGAUGAUCGCCGAGAGGUUCGGGCUGUGGGCAGAGCCUUCCCUGGAGAUGCCACCUCCCUACGAGCAUGCUCUGAGGCAUCCUCCAGCUUUCUCAGGAACAGUCAUAAGCUCGGAGAGCUUGGACCGACGUGGUGUGCCGGACCCUUUCCAGGCCCCUCUGGGCUACCAAACUCAGCGAAACACAGACGUGUAAAGGCUUUGGCCUCCGCGUACUGCUUCUCCCUGCGGUGUCAGCGACAGAAGUGCCUGUGACAUCAUUCUCGUCCGCAGGGAGCAGCUGGACUUCAGACCUCCACCCAGAUUCGCCAUCAGCCGAGACACAGGCAAGUCAGACCCUGCCGGCGGAGACAUCCCUGCGUCAGCACCAGGACAACCACAGAGCCGCUGCCAGGGAUGUCCGCUGGCUCUUCUCUGGCAAACGUACUGGUACCAAAGGCGACAGACCGGCUGCUGGCUGCUACACAGGGGACAAAGCCAAGGUGAAGGUCUGCUGCGGCAGAGCUCCUCCAGGCAGCUGGCCUGUCAUACUUCCAAGGCAAGCACUGCCCGGCGUGCCAAGGAUCAGACCUCAGACAGUGGUCGUCGUGUGCUACUUCGCUUAUUUCUUAGGUUAUAAAACCUUUUACUUUAUGGGUGUAUCAGAUCCCAGGUGGGAAUCCUCACCUGUGAGGAGCAGAAUGAACCUUGCGUCGGAGCAUCGCUCUGUGCUCUCACAGCAACAGUCCUCUGGGACCGAGAGCAAUUUUAGAUGGACUUCAGCUAAUGACUGGGAGAGUGUCCAGGGGUUGUCACCUGCUGUACCAACCACCGAGGUGAACCCUGUGACUGGGAAAGGACAGGAGAAGCAUGGACAAAAUAGCUGGUGGUCUCCAUGAAGAACAUAAAGCAAAGACACAUGUGGCUGGCCCCGUUUACCUAGUUGUCUUCUGCAGAGCAGACAAUCUCAUAAUGUCAACACUGGUGUCCUUACACCACCGAUUUUGAUAACGUGUUUUCUACUGCAGAGCCAAUGUUUCAAAUUGUUUACAAACCUGUAGAUAAAAUGAGAUCAGUUUGGCCACAGGGCAUUCGGGCUCCUUUCUUUCGAGCAAUGUAAGCUCAAAAAUGUCACGGAAUGACUUGGGGAAGACAAAAGGAUAAGUUUUCUGAAUUAUGGCUUUAUGAUACACCUGCAGCUGCUGAGCUCCAAAUACCACCUCAGACCUCUGCGUCUUACCACGCACUCUAAAACUAGUCAUGAGUUCGCUUUAUGAGUGUGAACUUGCCUCACGUGGCUAGUAAAUGGAACACUUUCAGAUAUUUCAGAUAUUUGAGUUAAUCAUUGAGGUGAGUUAGAUAGAAGGAAAAAUCUAGCUUCCUGAGAUGCAGUUAGGUGCAAGCGGAAAAGUAUCCGUCCUCUUCUGCAGUACAAAUAUAACAGUAAUGUCUAAAAAUGAGUAAAAAUAGCUAGAGGGAAU